AUGAAUACGCUCAAAUGCAAGACUCUUAGAGAGUUGGAUAUCGAGCAAAUACAGGCGGUCAACCCUCUAGCGAAGUUGGUGCAUGAGCAAAGAGUCGUGGAGAUUCCAGAACUGGUUCUAGAAUCCGGAAUUACCAUUCACAACUUCCCCAUCGCGUACAAGACGUGGGGGUCUCUCAACGAGGCACGCAAUAACGUCCUUGUCAUCUGCCACGCACUGACUGGGUCCUCUGACGUCGCCGACUGGUGGGGGCCCCUGCUGGGUGACGACAGAGCCUUUGACCCAUCCAGGUUCUUCAUAAUAUGUUUGAACUCAAUGGGGUCCCCCUACGGGUCCUUCUCUCCACUGUGCAUAAACGAGGAGACAGGUGAGAGGUACGGACCGGAAUUUCCCCUGUGUACAGUCCGGGACGACGUGAGAGCACACAGACUUGUAUUGGACUCCCUCGGGGUCGAAUCAAUUGCUUGUGUCAUUGGCGGGUCCAUGGGUGGUAUGCUUGCCCUCGAAUGGACCUGUAUGUUCGGGAAGGAGUACGUGAGAAACACAGUCGCGUUGGCUACCAGUGCAAGACACUCCGCAUGGUGUAUCUCGUGGUCGGAGGCACAAAGACAGUCGAUAUACUCGGAUCCAAAUUACUUGGACGGGUACUACGAUUUGGAAAACCCUCCAGUUGUCGGACUCUCCGCGGCACGGAUGUCCGCGCUGCUAACGUACAGGACUCGGAACUCGUUUGAGAAUAAAUUCGCUAGGAGGGGGCCCUCUGCGGAACAGCAAAAGAAGGCCACCUCGAAUGCGCCUACACAGUGUACGACAAGACCGGAACAACCGAGAACGCUUAGCGAGGUAUCCGUACAGAUUCACAACGACGGUAUAACGGCGAGUUCGUGUGUUAACCUCAGGAACUUGUCCAUAAAUUCACAGUUGCAAUCGAGGGCAACCCCGACAAGCCGCAACAAUUCGACCACAUCGACAGAGUCCACCGUGGACUCCGUCAACAGCAUGUCCUCGAGCACCUCUUUGAGCUCAGCGGUCACUGGUGGAGUCAAGGAGACGAAACCAGCACAGACGUACUUUUCAGCACAGAGUUACCUGCGGUACCAGGGCACAAAAUUCGUCAACCGGUUUGACGCAAACUGUUACAUCGCAAUCACGAGGAAAUUGGACACACACGACCUGGCGCGGGAUCGAUCGCAAUUCCAUGACGACAUGGUCGAGGUGCUGGAGUCCAUCGAGCAACCAUCCUUGAUUAUCGGUGUCAGCUCAGACGGCCUGUUCACGUACUCUGAGCAGGAAUUCUUGGCGGAACACAUCAGGGGGGCAAAACUUGAAAAGAUCCAGUCCCCAGAGGGUCACGACGCAUUCCUACUAGAGUUCAAACUAAUCAACGAGCUGAUCAAGAAAUUCCUCGUCGAGCACGUGCCCGAGAUAACGAGCGCAGAACCGAAACAAUGGACGGGCGCAUCGGGUAACGACGCAGCAAAGGAGUCCCUCUUCGGCGAGGCAGAGGAAGUCACCAACUGGUGA